AUGUCAUCUUGGUCAAAGGGCUCUAAUACUGCUAGAGUGGUGAAAAAUGGCUGGUCUAACGGGGUUAAUUCGACUGCAAAUUCACUGGCAGUUACUGCGAAUCAGAUGAUGCAGGCAGGGAAGAUUGACGAGAUCGACAGUAUGAUGGGAUUUGAGAGAUAUUUCCCUCCUCAAUACACCGGUCGGAGAGAUCCUGGUAAGCUGGAUCAGGUUCCAGGUCGCGUUGGCUGGCUGACGAACAUGCAUGCGACACUCCUGUCACCUGUUUCGAUGCCAGGCGCGAGUGCAAGUGAACCAUUGGGAAUCGCUGGGGUCGAUUUCUAUUUCCUAGAUGAAGAAGGUGGCAGUUUUAAAUCCAGUAUCACUUAUGACCCGUAUUUCUUCAUCAAGUGUUCUGACGUGUCUAGGGCUAAUGACGUGGAGGAAUUCAUCAAAAAAUACCUUGAUUCUUGUCUGAAAGGUGUGUCGGUGGUAGAGAAGGAAGAUUUGUCUUUGGACAAUCAUUUAAUGGGACUUAAAAGUACUUUGAUUAAGCUGACCUUUAUCAACUCGAAUAAACUGUUCGAAGCGAGAAAACUACUUCGCCCUAUACUAACGUUCAAUGAAAACAAUAACGCCCAGAAGCAGCUAUACUCGGCACAGGGAGCUGGAAAUUCUUUGAAGGAUGCCAAAAGCCUCAUUGAGGAUAUAAGGGAAUAUGAUGUGCCUUAUCAUGUGCGGGUCUCGAUUGAUAAAAAUAUAAGAGUGGGCAAGUGGUACAAAAUCACUUCUGAUGGCCUUCACGAGAUAACAGAAAAGGUCGCCUUCGCUGAUCCCGUAGUUUUGGCGUUUGAUAUUGAGACCACCAAGGCGCCUUUAAAAUUCCCAGAUUCAGCCGUAGAUCAAAUUAUGAUGAUUUCCUACAUGAUUGACGGAGACGGUUUUCUAAUUACAAACAGAGAAAUAAUUUCUGAAGACAUUGAGGACUUUGAAUAUUCCCCCAAACCAGAGUAUCCCGGGCUUUUCACAAUUUUCAACGAAUCUGAUGAAUUAGCACUGCUUCAAAGAUUUUUCGAACAUAUCAGAGAUGUCAGGCCUACUGUUAUCGCGACCUUUAAUGGUGACUUCUUCGAUUGGCCUUUCAUAGACAAUCGAUCAAAGAUACACGGGUUAGAUAUGUUUGAAGAAAUCGGAUUUUCUCCUGAUUCGGAUGGUGAGUACAAAUCGUCCUACUGCUCGCAUAUGGAUUGCUUCCGCUGGGUAAAAAGAGACUCAUAUCUUCCUCAGGGCUCACAAGGCUUGAAAGCUGUCACGCAGGUAAAGCUGGGAUACAAUCCUAUUGAACUGGAUCCCGAGCUUAUGACGCCUUAUGCAUUCGAAAAGCCACAGCAAUUAUCAGAAUACUCUGUUUCUGACGCAGUGGCUACCUACUAUCUUUACAUGAAAUACGUUCAUCCGUUCAUUUUCUCCUUGUGCACAAUCAUUCCUUUAAAUCCCGACGAAGUUCUCAGAAAAGGUACAGGUACCUUAUGUGAAAUGUUGUUAAUGGUUCAAGCAUAUAACGGUAAUAUAAUACUGCCGAACAAAUAUACGGAUCCAGUUGAAAGAUUUUAUGACGGUCACCUGCUGGAGUCCGAGACAUACGUUGGAGGACAUGUGGAGUCCUUGGAAGCGGGAGUUUUCAGAAGUGAUAUAGCAACUGACUUUCAAAUUGAUGCUGAUGCAAUUGAUGAGCUCUUAAGCGAUCUGCCUCACGCCCUUCGGUUCUGCAUCGAAGUUGAAAAUAAAUCCAAGCUAGAAGAUGUCACAAAUUUCCAGGAAAUAAAAGAGGUGAUAACUUCUCAGCUCCUUGAUUUGAAGCUGAACAGCAAGCGAUGUGAACUGCCGCUAAUAUAUCACGUCGACGUCGCAUCAAUGUAUCCUAACAUUAUGACAACCAACCGACUGCAGCCUGAUAGCAUGAAAACUGAAAGAGAUUGCGCCAGCUGCGAUUUCAAUAGACCGGGGAAAUUAUGCGACCGAAGGCUUAAGUGGUCGUGGAGGGGGGAAUUUUUUCCAGCAAAGAUGGACGAAUACAACAUGGUCAAAAGAGCACUUCAAAAUGAAACUUUUCUAAAUAAGAGGAAGUUUUCAAAGAAAAAAUAUCUUACUUUUGAUGAAUUAUCGUAUGCUGAGCAAGUUAGUCAUAUAAAAAAACGUUUGACGGACUAUAGUCGGAAAGUUUAUCAUAGAGUCAAGGUUUCUGAAGUUGUAGAAAGGGAAUCAAUUGUAUGCCAAAGAGAGAAUCCUUUUUACGUUAACACAGUCAGAUCUUUCCGUGACAGAAGGUAUGAGUUCAAAGGCCUGGCGAAGACUUGGAAGGGAAAGCUUUCUUCGAUUCCAUCUGCGGAUAAACAUGCCAAAGAUGAGGCCAGGAAAAUGAUUGUGCUUUAUGAUUCCUUACAACUCGCUCACAAAGUCAUUUUGAAUUCGUUUUACGGCUAUGUUAUGAGAAAGGGUUCCCGAUGGUAUUCAAUGGAGAUGGCUGGUAUUACCUGCUUGACAGGAGCAACCAUUAUUCAAAUGGCACGGGCUUUAGUCGAGAGAUUGGGAAGGCCGCUUGAGUUGGAUACUGACGGUAUUUGGUGCAUACUUCCGAAAUCUUUCCCGGAAAACUUUUCGUUCACACUGAAAAACGGUAAGCGCUUAUUCCUAUCUUAUCCCUGCUCAAUGCUCAAUUAUAGAGUUCAUCAAAAGUUCACUAAUACCCAGUAUCAAGAAAUCAUAGAUCCCGUCAAACACAAGUAUCAAACACAUAGCGAAAAUUCCAUUUUUUUCGAAGUUGACGGCCCUUAUAGGGCAAUGAUCUUACCAACAUCUAAGGAAGAAGGCAAGGGAAUCAAGAAGCGGUAUGCAGUAUUUAAUGAAGAUGGAUCACUUGCUGAACUUAAAGGUUUUGAGUUAAAAAGGAGGGGUGAACUGCAGCUCAUCAAAAAUUUUCAAGGUGAUUUAUUCAAGGUUUUCCUGCAGGGUGAUAACUUGCAGGGCUGCUACUCCGCAGUCGCUGAUGUUGCGAACAGGUGGCUAGACAUUUUAGACUCUAGAGGGUCAAUGUUGGAGGAUGAGGAUUUAAUUGAGUUGAUUUGCGAGAAUAGAAGUAUGUCGAAGACGCUCAAGGAAUAUGAGGGACAAAAAUCGACUUCUAUCACAACAGCAAAGCGGUUGGGAGAGUUCUUGGGGGAAGAUAUGGUGAAAGAUAAAGGUCUUCAAUGUAAAUAUAUCAUCAGUAGCUUGCCAGCAGGCUCUCCGGUGACCGAACGUGCAAUUCCAGUUGCCAUAUUUUCUGCAGAUAUAACUGUGAAGAGGUCGUUCCUUAGAAGAUGGACGUUGGAUUCGUCACUUGAGGAUUUUGAUCCUCGGACGAUCAUAGACUGGCUUUAUUACAGAGAAAGAAUAGCCUCUGUCAUUCAGAAAAUCAUCACUAUUCCAGCUGCUUUGCAAAACAUUUCCAAUCCUGUUCCUAGAGUGGAGCAUCCGCCAUGGCUUAAGAAAAGGCUGGCUAUAAAAGACGAUAAAUUCAAGCAAGGUUCACUGAAUAGAUUUUUGACGAAAGCUUUGAAGCCACACGUGUCUGGGCAGGUUCAAGAUAUAGAGGAUCUUUUCGACGAUAAAUCCCAGCCUCAGUUGAGGACUCUCAAAACCGCAAAGGUCUCUGUUAGCGACAAAAGAUCCAAGAGGAAGAGAUCGCAAAAAAAUGAAGAAGAGGCACUGGUCCUGCCUUCAACCAUGCCGUCUUUGGAUGAGGACUAUGUUACGUGGCUGCAAUAUCAAAAGAUUAAGUGGAAAAUUCAACGGCGAGAUAGGAUGCGUAGAACUCAGCUUUUCGGAGACAUGAACUCUUCCGCUGGCAGGAGUGCGCUUGGUGGCAUGAUGAGAAAGCAGGCCGAAACGUAUGCCAACUCUACCUGGGAAAUUUUGCAAUACAAGCCGUCUACUCAGCCAGGUAUAUUGAAUGUUUUCGUUUCUAUUCAAGGACAGGUACAAAUUCUGAAAUUUAGAAUCCCUAAAACCAUUUACGUCAACUUCAAAAGCAUCCCAAAUCUGACAUUGGAGCAUCUUGUGAUGGAGCCCUGUAAUGCUACAAUACCUAACAGCUCACGUUUGAUGCAAGGGACCUGCAACAAUCUGUACAAAUGUACAAUGCCAGAAAGUGUUUAUUACGACGCAGUGCAGAAAGAGUCGAACCCUUUCACAGACGCAAACGUUAUCGCUGUGUUUGAAAGCACUAUCAGAGCAACCGAAAGAGCCAUUUUGGAGCUGGGGUCAUCUGUAAUAUUCAGAUCAAAUGUUAUGGGAUCUUUGGGUAAAGGUUUGCAAAAUGGUUUCGAGAUGAAAAAUUUAAGCAUGUCCGACACACAAAGAUACCUCAGCAGAUUCUCCUUGCCUGUGGUAUACCUGCUGCAUAUUCAUAGUAGUAUUGGCUAUGAAUUUUUCUGCCUCGUUAAGUCUUGGAGCAAGAUCAUUACAUUGCAUGUUCUCAAACCGUCUUCUACUGCAAAUGAACUUUCCCUUGGUCUGAUGCAGCAGAUUUAUGCUGAGGCAUACCAACAUAAAAAAUCCUACGUCGACAAGUUUUCCCGUUUCAUGGCUCUGGAUGAGAACAUGACCUUCGAGGUUCAAAGUUUCGAUGAUCUUUCAAAGCUACACAACAAGCUCUCAUCCAAUGUUAGUAAAUUGAAAGAGGAAAAAGGCCUACAGUUUCUAUUAAUACUGCAUUCACCAUAUCCUUUGAAGCUAAGGAAAAAAAUCAAAUUACUCGAUCAGGUUCCCGUUCUGCAAUUGUCAAUGAAUGAGAUGAAUUUACCUCAGCUACAAUGGCAACCAAUUCUGGCCAAAAAGAUGGUCAGUCACUUUCUUUCUUGUGGGGCUUGGUUGUCUCAUCUGGUUACAAUCUCGCAAUUCAGCAGUAUUCCCUUGUGUAACCUCAAACUAGACAAUGCAGGUUACGUCAUAGACAUAUUAUAUGCACGUCAAUUGAAGCAAGACGGCUUUAUACUCUGGUGGAACGAAAAUGAUCCUCUUCCAGAUCACGGUGGAGUUCAGAAGGAUUUUGAUUUGAACACACUAUCUUUGAUGACCGAUGUGGCAUUCCAGAAUGUAAAUAUUCCUUCAAUUUUCGACCAUGUUGUAUUGGAAGUUGGAGUAGGGAACUUGACAGUUAACGCCGUUCUAGCAUCAGCUCUCAUCAAUGAAGCCGAGGGUGGUGAAUCCAUGGGUACUGAUGGCGCCAGUUUUUCUAAUGGGGCAGAUCGAAGUACCAGUGAACCAUUUGUUAAAGACGCCUUUUCCGUCGGAUCCCUGAUGAUCCUGCGCAAUCUGCUCAAGGAAUGGUGGGAUGGAGCUCUUACUGGUAAUACCACCUCGGACCUGCUGAUCAAUUCUUUUGUGACUUGGAUACAGAAUCCUGAUUCCAAACUCUUUGAUGCUUCUCUCAGGUAUCAUAUACACAAUCUGACUAAAAAGUCACUACUUCAACUUAUGAGCGAAUUUCAGAAUCUGGGAUCGAACGUUACUUACGCAGACAGAAACAAAAUCCUAGUCAAAACUCCUAAGCUUACGCCUGAAACUUGCUAUGCUUAUGGUCAGUAUAUUGUCAAGGCUGUUCGGAAAAAUUUAGUCUUCACAUACCUUGAUCUGAGAAUCGAGAAAUACUGGGACCUUUUGAUUUGGAUGGACAAACAUAACUUUGGAGGUCUCGCUUGUGCACAGAUACAGGAGAAAGAGACACAGGAUAUAAGAGCAUUUUCAAAGUGGCAAAUGAAGGACUUUUUACCACCAAUAUACCAAUCUGAAUUUGAUGAUUGGAUGAUGAUCAUUCUUGAUAGUUUGGCCAAGACGAAAAAGAGUUACCUAGAAGCCAACAACAGUACACAGAGACCCACUCAGAUUUUGUCCGGGAAAGUAAAGAAAAUCGACAUGGAUGAGGACGAAGGUGACGGUCCCUUAGCCGGAUUUACUAGCUUUUUUUUCGAGCCCUUACUAAACAGAGUGCAGAAGUUGUAUCGCAAUGAAAAGGCUUUCAUUUUGGAUCCCAAGUAUGCCGCUGAAUAUGCUUUUCCCUUCCUGCCUGGUUCUUUCAUUAAAAUGAAGGCCCCGCUGUUGGAACUGGUUAAAUAUUUGUGUCACUUGAUGUCGCUGUCCAAAGCCAAUAUACUGGAAGUACGUCAACUUCGUAAAGAGCUCCUGAAGAUAUUUGAGGUUCGUGAGUUUGACAAAAGAGCAGAGUUCCGAAAUCCCAGCGCAAGUUUACUGAUCAACGGAUUUCUUUGCGAGUCAUGUUUUUACACCAUCGACAUCGAUUUCUGUCGAGACAAUCCCUCCACUUUGUUCAAGUGUCCGAAUUGCCAUAAAGAACUCAAUCGUGUGCUUCUUCAGGAGCACCUGAUUCAGAGUAUUUACGUUGAGGUUGAAUCAUACUUGACUCAAGAUCUGAAGUGUUCGAGAUGCCACAAAGUCAAGCAGGAUAAUAUGAGUGAAUACUGUGCAUGUUCAGGAUCCUGGGUGGGCUCAAUUUCUAAAGACAUGCUCAUUGACAAGAUACUAGUGUUUCAGCAGGUCUCUGAAUAUUACAGUCUUGAUUUAGUGCUGUCGGCACUGGCAGAUAUCUCUAUGUAG